AUGGCGGAUGUUAUUCGUGAAGCUCCCCUUGGACAGCUCAUCCGCUGGUUGACUGGCAACAAGUACCUGAAAUACCCUGAGGAAGAAGCAGAUUUUCAAUGCCCCAAAUGCUAUAGCAAUGCCGAACGUGUCGACUCGCUGUCGAGUACCGUGGAAGACAAAGCUGACCUUGACCCGAACGAGGCUGCAUACGGGAAGGAAGCUGGAGAUGCUGUUGCUAGAGAGCAAAAAGCAUCGGCGCUGACCGAGGAUGCUCACGAUCGGCCAGACCUUCAGGCCCUCCAGACCCAAAAAACCAAUGUUACCGUCGAGUCCAUUGUCACUGAACACGAUAUUAAGAAAAUGAACACUCAGACGACUCAUGUCCCUAUCAGAUCUAGCAUUGGCGCGCAGCCGGCGUUGACACGUACAAAGACAAGAGAAAUGACGCGCGCUUACACUCGGGAACGAUUCGAUAUUGAACGGGAAGCACAGUCUCUGAAAGAACUUCACAUGCCCAUCGUCGCGCAGAGGAAUGAGGACGGAGAUAUUCUAGUGGAUUGGUAUACCACAGAUGAUCCAGCGAAUCCACAGAACUGGUCAAGCAAAAAGAAACUAUUCGUUGGAACCCAGAUUUUUCUUUACACGUUCGUCGUGUAUGCUGCGUCUUCUAUUUACGUUCCGAGCCAAUAUGGUGUGAUGGAAGCCUUCGGAGUCGGAUACGAGAAAGCCUCGCUGGGAUUGUCAAUGUAUGUUAUUGGAUACGGCAUUGGCCCUCUUCUCUUCAGUCCGUUGUCGGAGAUUCCCCUUUUUGGUAGGAACGUGCCGUACAUCGUGUCAUUCGCACUUUUCGUUAUCCUAUGUGUGCCCUUGGCACUCGUCGAGAACUAUGCAGGAUUACUUGUUCUUCGUUUCCUCGUCGGAUUUAUGGGGUCACCGUGUUUGGCAACUGGAGGAGCCACUAUGCAAGACAUGUAUUCUUUCUUGAAGUUACCCUACGCGUUAACCUUCUGGGUCGCAGCAGCAUUCAAUGCUCCUGCCCUUGGUCCAGUUCUAUCAGCUUUCGCCGUCACAGCCAAAGGCUGGAGAUGGUCUCUCUGGGAAGUGCUGUGGGCGUCGGCUCCUGUGUUCAUCCUCAUGUUCGUCGCAAUGCCGGAAACCUCCUCCUCCAACAUCCUCUUGCGUCGUGCUCGACGUCUCCGCGCCAAGUGUGGUAAUGGCCGGUUGAAGGCUCAAUCUGAAGUCGACCAAGGCAACAUGAAGAUCGGAACAGUGAUCUGGAACUCCAUUGUGGUACCGGUGGAAAUUUCCAUCAAAGACCCGGCCGUGCUUUUCACGAACAUCUACACCGCAUUACAGUACGGCAUCUACUACUCUUUCUUCGAAGUAUUCCCCCUGGUCUACCCAGUCAUGUACGGCUUCAACCUCGGAGAGACAAGCAUUGUCUUCGUGUGUAUCACAGUCGCAUGCAUUCUCGGCAUCAUCAUCUACUGCUCAUACGUCUACUGGUACCUGGAGCCCGACAUCGUCAAGAAUGGUCUUCGAGCACAAGAACACCGUCUCGUCCCCGCCGUCUUCGCCAGCUUCGGUAUCCCCAUUGGGCUCUUCAUUUUCGGCUGGACAUCCAACCCGGACAUCCACUGGAUCGCCAGCGUUAUCGGGAUCACUACCUUCGCUGCGUCAGGCUUCGUCCUCUUCCAGUGCAUCUUCAUGUAUCUGCCUCUCAGCUACCCGCAGUAUGCAGCGUCCCUCUUUGCCACGAACGAUACGUGGCGCUCCGCCCUCGCCGCUGGCGCUGUCAUCUUCGCGCGCCCCUUGUUCAUCAAUCUCGGUGUGGGGAGGGGUGUCUCCAUCCUUGCUGGUCUCGCGGUCGGAGGGGUGGUGGGCAUGUUUGGGCUUUACUAUUAUGGCGCCAAGCUCCGUGCGAGGUCGAAAUUUGCUGUUACCUAA